AGUCGGUCGAGUGAAUUCCAGGUGGCCACAGCUCCCUGUACUUGACAAUUCCGGUCACAUAGCUCGCCUUAUAUCCUGUAAAGUGUGUGUAUGUGCUGUGAUUCCAAUUUUCACGGGGACAAUUUGGCAAUUUCUUCCGAGUGGUGGACAUGAAGAAAGAAAGAGAGAUAUAUACCUAACAUAUACAAAACCCUUAAUCCAAUGAUUUAAGAAAUAAAAUUUCUCCAUUCACCACCAUCUUCCAAACCAUUUACUUCAAUUAUCCCCGCAGUGAUAUAGGCCAAUUCUCACGCCAGACACCGUGUAUAGCGAGAGGGAGGAAAUGUAGGAGAAAGCCAAAUUGAGGGUGGGGAGCAAACGAAGCAAAGCCACGAAUGGGCGGACUUCAAUGGAGGGGGAGAGGGUAGAGAAAAAUCGCAAGAAUGGCAAAGAAAAGCUACAGGGAAAGCAAAAGAAAAGUUGCAAGUGUCGUCUCAAGUGCAAAAAGUGCGGUCAAGAGUACGAGGCGUGCGAAAGUGAGGAUGGCAAGAAGGUCGAGGAGAGCCGCCUGGCGCACGGGUGUACCAAACUUAUGUAUGCCUGUCAGCAGGGACUAACAGGAUCCAUUGUGAAGGAGCUGAGGAGUAAGCCAGAGGAAGUUCGAAAGCGCGACAGGAGUAACAAAAGUGUCCUACAUUACUGCAGCGGGCAGCGUGAUUUAGUGGCUGCUGCCAGUGUUGCAAUGGCCGCACCUGAGCUUAUCGAGUCUGCCGACGAGGAUGGAUUCACGCCGCUGCACCUAGCCGUGAUACAGGGAAACUUGAGUUUGGUGAAUCUCCUUCUGGCCAACAAGGCGGACGUCAAUGCUCUCGAUGGCGAGGGCCACUCCGUGGUUCACUGGGCAAUCGUGUGCGGAGAAAUUGAAGCUCUCCGGUCAGUCCUUGCGGCAGGGGCUGAUAUAUGUACGCCUGAUAUUAAUGGUGGAAGCCCCUUGCACUAUGCUGCACAGAUGUGUGGCACAAAUUUUGACGGCAAAACUGGUCAGGCAUCGUCAAAACUUGCCUUGGAUAUUCUCAACAUUCUCCUCCAUCAUCCAAAGUCUUCGGUAGAUCUUAUUGACAAAGAUGGCCGGCAGCCACUUCUCUGGGCCGCCUCAGCUGGUUCAGAGAAAGCCGUGCUGGCUCUUGUUAAGGCUGGUGCUAGGAUUGAAAGCUGUGAUAAAGAUGGCCUCACUGCCCUCCACUGUGCCGCCUCUAGGGGUCACACAGAAUGCAUUGAUGCACUAAUUAAUCUCUGUGGUGCCCCAACGGACCUUAUUGAUUCCAAUGGCUGCACUGCACUCCAUUACGCCGUAACAUUGGGUCAUGCAGAUGCGACAGCACUCCUCCUAAAUCUCGACGCAGAUCCCAAUCGUCAGGAUAGGAAGGGACGCACCCCAGCUCACUGUGGCUGUGCUAAGGGUCAAUUUGAGACGGUAAAAAUGCUGGGGGCGCGAAAUGCAAAUCUUUGGCUUCGUAAUGCCCGCGGGGACCUUCCUGUGCAUGAAGCUGCACUCUCGGGGCGCAGAGAAUUAAUCCAAUGGCUCCUUGAGCAGCAGCCCAAACACAUCAACACUACCAGCAAUGAUGGUAGAACUCUUCUACACAUUGCAGCCAGCAAUGACAAUACUGACAACUGCAAAAUGCUGUUGGAUUUUGGAGCGGAUGUAAAUAGCAUUUAUCGCACUUCACGGAAUGUCGUCAUGACACCGUUGGAUUGUGCUCUACAGAAAGGAUUCCGCUCCACGGCAAAAUUCUUGCAGAUGCAUGGUGGAUUGCCAGCUGGCAAACUGCAUCUAUCCGGAAGAAAAGUGAACGCCCUGAAUGAUCAACAGCUUGUGACACCAUUGAAAUUCACCGACAAGGUGUCAGCUGCAGACAUUUCUGCUCCAUCCAAGGAGAAUGCAGAUAAACACUCAAAGCACUACGUUGUGUAUGUUAAGCAGUCAGAAUCUGAUGAAUCAGCAAAUUCACAGCGAGACGAGAGGAGUGUGAAAAAGCGCCGGGCAAGCCCCGAAAGUACCCACCAUAAGCGACAACGCUACAAAAGGCGCACAAGUAGCUGUAGCGAUACAUUCCGGGUGACGGAAAAGGAUGAAGACAUGGGAAGGUCGAAGAGUAAUCUCGAAAUUAGAAGACGAAAAAAGUCCAGGGAUAAAUUCUACUCGACCUCCGAGGAGAGUGAUUCGGAUGCAAGUGUUUCGAGUGAUGUGAGCUUUCAUGAGUACAAGAAACGUCGCUCACGGAGGCACUGCAAGAAGUACAAUGUGUCCAUACGACACAAAUCACCUUCGAAGCAGUAUGACAAGAAGCACAAAUCACUCAAAACAGCUAAAAAAGCAUCCAGUGAUGCUGUUGAUGACGGAGAUGUGCAGAAAAUGGAACAAACUGUCGAGAAGAAAGUGGAGCAUACGGCUGAGAAGAAAGUGGAAACAGGCGAGAAAAGAGAAACAAAACAUGAUGCCGAUGAUGGUUCAAAUGAAAAGGGAGCCAGUCGCCCGGGAACAGCAACUUCCGAUACGGAUAAGAAGCGUCCCCAGUCGGCUCGAGUGACGUCGGCUCAACGUCGCCAGAAGGCAAAGGAACAAUCUGUGAAGCAACUGGAAGCCACUGCGGAGGUUCAUGAGGAAGUCAGUGAGGAGGAAAAGAAGAGGGUUGAACUGGUGCGUGGAAAAUCUCAGGAUGAGAGUAGGGCGGAAGUGGUGGAAUGUGUUGGCGCCACACAGCAAAUAACAACGCAGGCGGAGGUUCACACAAAGGAUGCUGGUCAGGCGGAGGGUGGGGCAUUGGAUGUCAAAGAGCGAAAUGCUGAUGAUGAAGAUGCUCAGAGUGACAUCACUUUCACGCUCGAUAGAGCCGACAAGGUGGAGGAUGAGCGACAAAUGGCGAAUGACAGGGGAGAGAUUUCUACGCCAAAGAGCAAAAAGGACGCACCCACCGAAGAGGUAAAAACCGAGAAGGUAAAAGAGGACGCGGCCGCUGGUAAAAGUGGCGCGGAUCAGCAGGCCAAGGAUACCGUUGGGGAUGAGCCGAAGAGUUUUGCUGUGAUUGAUGUGGCACCCUCCGCGGGGGAUGACAAAGGGAUUCGCGGAAGUUUCACGGUACUCCAGAAAAAUGAAUCAAAAUCCGACUUAACACGUCCUUCAAGCUUCAAAGUUCUCGACGAAGCUGCUACUGGUGGAUAUGCUGCCUACACCUCCGAUGAGGAACACUCAAAAAACCUCGAGGUGCGCGAAGAUAGCGCAUCCAAGGUGGACAAUGGAAGGCGAAAGAAGUUGAAGAAGAGAUUAAAGAACAGUAAAGAUUCCACAGUGGAGAAGUCAGAUGAUGAGAGCACCAUGCGAAAACAACUGCAAACAAGGGAUCAAGAUUCGGGCUUUGAACCCAGUCCACGUGUUGGUAGGACAAAAAUUCCCACGCCACGUGCUGUGGCCAGAAAAGAUGCUGCUUUCACCACACUCGAUGCAGGUGGGAGAUGCCGACCCGAGGGGAGAAAGCUUGGGGAUCAGAGUGCUGUCAACAUGACGACAGUUACAGCCAGCAUUCAGAGGAACAUUCGCAGGUACUACAUGGAGAGGAAAAUAUUUCAACAUUUGUUGGAGCUCAAGAGUUUGCAAAUAAGAUCGAGUAAAGUAAAUGAAGCGAUUUUGGUGAAGCGAGCUGUUGAUGAUUAUCAUAAAUCUGUUGAUGCGCUAGGAUAUGAAACGGGUGCCACAUUAAAGCGCUAUCCACACAAGGAGUACACCUUCAAGAACUUUGAAGUAUUCCUCUAUGAAACACUGAAAAGCAUUCAGAAAACCGGGACAUACAACUUUCAAAAUAUCUCCGAAGUUUACAGAGAAGCGGAGAGAAGACUCAGCCCCGACUACAAUCAAUAUGAGAAAGCUCUCCAGUGUACAACGAAAACCCAUCGAUGUCUCCAUGCGGCCCAUGCUUAUACGGGAAUUCCUUGUGCGGCUUAUAUUCCCAUGAUGAAUCACCACACAAUGCCAAAGCUCGGUUUUGGUGCAUACAGACAAACUGGCGUUGGGAGCUUUUACUUACCAAAGAUUCUCACGGCUGGGCUCCCAAAGUGCAGCAGUAAAGUCUCACUGGAGUUAUCACAUGGUGGCAAUAAGCAAUUAAUACCACUGCCAUCCGAUAAAUUAGACAGCAAUAAGCGCUACUAUGUGACUUUUACGGUGAAAGGAAGCGAUGGAGUCAACCAGCAAAGUGCUGACACGGAGCACAUACCCGAUAAAAUUUAAUGAGUACGCCAUUAGUAUAGUCCUCCCUCUCCUUCCAAAAAAUUGAUAUAUUAGUAUCUCCCCCAUAUCAUACAUAUAUACAUAUAUAUUUUUCUUCCUGAACAAAACAAAAAGGAGCGAGUAAGGAAAAAAAAGAAAAUAUUUUUCUCCCUCAUCACGUGUGAAUUUAUCCUUAGAUGACAACGAACAAUGUAAUUUUGCGUGUGUAUGUCAAAUGUUGUGCAAAUGAUAAAACUUCCACGACAGAAGGAUAUAUAUUUAUUUUAGUGAA